AUGAUCGGCGGCAGCGAUGAUCAACUUGCCCUUAGUCGAUAUCGUACCAAUAAUGGUACGUCUGAUUCGCUUGAUAUAAUGUUUCAGCAGAGUUCGAGUGCUAUUUUUCCUCCAUUAAAUGAUGAUUUCGAAGAGUUUUUCGAUGAAUCUGCUAAUGCCAUUGAAGUGGCUCUGUUUCGAACCAUUAAUGCCUUAGGUGUUCUUGAUUAG